GGUAGCGGUUUACUGUCCAUUUAUUAAAUAGUUCUUCGUUUACGUUUACGCGAAUGAGUCUAAAGUAGUUCAUUUAAAAGUUAGUUAAAAAUCUGCGAACUCGAGAGUCAAAAAUUGGCGCAAAUAACAAUUUUUAACGUAAAGCGAAAUUUAAAUCGUCUCGACACGUUAGCCAACCUAAGCGGUAGAGUACCAGAAACAGCUGUUAUACCGAAAAUGGACGAAUGCCAGAAUUUGGAUUUGUGUUUGAAGUUACUCAAAAACUCUUUAUAAAAAUUAAAUGCUCUGCAUUGAUAAUCAUGUAAAUAAAGUGGCGAUAAAGGAAUUAGGUUUAUUAACUAUGGACGACAAAAUGUGUAAUAUAAGUAAAAGCUUUGACAGUGAAGGAGGUGACUGUUCGGAUGCAGAUAUCGAAAUAAAUAACAGAAUCUUCAGCGUCGAAAGCGACGAGGAAUCAGUUAAACGGUUUAACGAUCAAGACAACUCUGUGAUUUGGUUAAACGACGAGGACUUCGCCGACGAUCUCGAGAACGUUAACAUCAACAAUUUCUUUCAUCGCGUCGAUAGCGAUCAAAUUAUUUAUCAAACGAAGAAAAAGAGGCUCAAACUCGUCGGUAAAUAUGUAAUGGGCGACUUAUUAGGCGAAGGUUCCUACGGCAAAGUGAAGGAGAUGUUAGAUUCGGAGACACUGUGCAGACACGCGGUUAAAAUUUUAAAGAAGCAUAAGCUACGUCGGAUACCUAACGGGGAACAAAAUGUACAAAGGGAGAUAAAGUUGUUGAGAACGCUUAAGCAUAAAAAUGUAAUUAAUCUAGUCGAUGUAUUAUAUAAUGAAGAGAAGCAAAAAAUGUAUUUAAUUAUGGAAUUUUGCGUAGGAAGCUUGCAGGGGAUGUUAGAGGCGACUCCGUUAAAAAGAUUUCCCCUGUUUCAAGCGCACGAUUAUUUCGUUCAAUUAGUGGAUGGACUGGAAUACUUACACAGUAGGCGAAUUAUUCAUAAAGAUAUUAAACCGGGGAAUUUAUUAUUAACUUUGAAAGGUGAUUUGAAGAUUUCCGACUUGGGAGUUGCGGAGGCCUUAGAUUUAUUUGCGGUGGAUGAUACGUGCUACACCGGUCAAGGUUCACCUGCAUUUCAACCACCCGAAAUAGCGAAUGGGUUAGAAUCGUUUCCAGGUUUCAAAGUAGAUAUUUGGAGUAGUGGCGUUACAUUAUAUAAUAUAACGACCGGCGUGUACCCUUUCGAAGGUGAUAAUGUAUAUAGAUUAUUCGAAAAUAUAGGCAAAGGCGAAUUUGUAAUACCUGCGGAAUUAGAAGAAUCUCUUAAGGAACUGCUUCAGGGCAUGUUGCGUAAGGAUCCGGAAAAACGACUGACUGUACAGCAAAUUCGGCAACAUCCGUGGUGCAUCCGUAAACCUUCACGAGAUAGUAUUCAAGUCCCCAUCCCUCCUUUAAAAGGUGACGAGUGGCACAAUAUGACCGUACUGCCUUACUUAGUCGAUCAUUACUAUGAAACUCAGAGUAAUCAGGAGGGAGACAUACAAUACUUUACGGAGCGUCAAUUAAAUGAAGAAAGGAGAAAACAUGAAACUCAACAGAGCAAUGGUAUCUCCCAAAGUAACCAAAUGCACCAGAGUUCAAAACGUAGAUGGAAGAAACCUAUGUCAUGUAUUACAGUCAAGAGGUUUCCCGGCUGUAAGCAAUCGUGACAUUUCUUUUGUACUAUUUCUUAAAACAUAUUUUUGAUAAAAAAAAGCGCGAAAGAGUAUAUUGAGUAUUUUGACCAGUGUUUGUAUAAAUUUAUAUUGUUGUUUUGUAACUAUCUUUUUAAGUUUAUUGUUGUUAUUAACUUCAUUGCUCAGUGAUUUUUCAUGUUAUGGUUAAAUUAGAGAUUUUUAUGAAGAACGGACAACAACAGUGCCAUAUAUGUAUACAUAUUAAAGAAACAGUAUGUUGAA